AUGUCAAAACUAGCAGCAGCAGCAGCGGCAGCAGCAGCUAUUUCCCUCUUACUAGCGCUGCAGCUAUGUUGCGAUGCAUCCAUCUCUUCAGAACACUGUCGUCCUGACGAGAGCAUUGCCCUGCUGCAGUUCAAGAACUCCUUCGUCGGAGGAGUUCUCAACGACGACAGGAUGGCGACGUGGAAGGAAGGAUCGGACUGUUGCUUGUGGGAAGGUGUUACUUGCGACCACUUCACUAGUCAUGUCGUCGGCCUCCACCUCGACUGUCCUUUUGACGAGACGACGACUCUGCAUCCAGACAGCUCUCUUUUCCACUUGCGGCACCUCCGGAGCCUCGACCUGUCACGCAACGGCUUCCAAGGCUCCACAAUCCCAUCAAACUUCACCCAGUUGACCAACCUGGCUCACCUCAACCUCUCCAGAUCAAGGUUUUCGGGUCACAUCCCACUCGGGUUCAGCCAUCUCAACAAACUUGUCUCACUUGAUCUUUCCUUUAAUGGACCAAAUGGUGGUGAUCAAGAAAAAGCACUCUCCUUUGCAGACAACCACGAUUUCUCCAACCUGCUGCUCAACGCCACGGGAUUAAGCAAGCUUGUCCUUCACUAUAUGGACAUGUCAAACAUCAAACCUUCCUCCUUCUCCAACUUAUCGCGCUCCUUGACGUAUAUCGACCUUUCCGAAUGUGGACUAGCAGGAAAUUUUCCAGAGAGCGUCUUCCGCUUGCCAAACCUGCAAGUGUUUCUUCUCGGAUACAACCCACUGCUCUCCGUUCAAUUUCCAUCAUCAAAUUGGACUGCUGGCCGCCUCAAGGUAUUAUCACUCUCCUCUGUCAAUGUGUUCCGGCAACUGACUAUCCCUGCUUCAAUCGGGAAUUUGAAGUCCUUGGAUACUCUGCUCCUUGAGAACUGCUCAUUGUUGGGAUCAAUCCCAGCUUCCAUAGGAAACCUCACAUCAUUGACUUACUUAGACCUCCGAGACAAUUCGUUGUCUGGAAAAUUUCCUGAUAUUCUCUCCAACCUAGUUCGGCUACAACACUUGUCUUUACGCUGCAACAAGAUUUCUGGCUGGUUUCCCGACGUUUUUGGCAACCUUUCUCAAGAACUCACACUCCUAGACGUUUCCAGUAACAAUUUCACAGGUCCUAUUCCAUCUCUCAUCUACACGGAGAAGCUUGAGUUUCUUGACAUAAGCUACAACAUGAUUGAAGGCCCACUUUCUAUCCCAUGGAGUCCAAGCCUUUCAUAUUUGUCAGUGGCCAAUAAUAAGUUUGCAGGGAGGAUUCCGUACCGCAUGAUCUGCAACCUCACAAUCCUUAGCGUCAUCAACUUGUCUAACAACAACUUGAGUGGCGAAAUUCCAGCGUGCUUGACCAACCUUAUCCAACUGUCAACCCUGCAGUUGAGGAUGAACAACCUCCACGGUUCAUUUCCGUCGGUGUUUGGCAAUAUGAGCUCCUUGGAAAAUCUGGACUUGAAUGGCAACACAUUGGGAGGUUCAUUGUCGCAAAGCUUAACAGCGUGCAAGAAGCUUGAAGUAUUGGAUGUUGGGAAUAAUGAAAUCAGUGGUGUUUUCCCACAUUGGUUGUCAUCUCUUCCUGUACUGAAAGUUCUCAUCUUGCACUCCAACAGUUUCCAUGGUCCUAUCACGACCGAAUCUAUGAAUCCCGUGGACGGCUUCUCCAUGUUGCGGAUACUGGACAUUUCCCACAACUACUUCGAUGGUCUUCUUCCUGCAACGCUGUUUCACAAGUUCCCGAGCAUGAUGAUGCUGGAAGAGUCGUCAAUUUAUAAUGAGUACUACACUGUUGUUCUGACAGUGAAAGGUCAAGAGAUGAUGAUAACCAGAAUCCUCACCAUAUUCACCACCAUGGAUUUGUCGAACAACGAUUUUCGUGGCAGUAUUCCAGAAGCAAUUGGAGAGCUCGAAUCGCUCAAGCACCUUAAUCUCUCACACAACAGCCUCAGUGGCCCAAUCCCAUCUUCCCUGGUGAACUUGACCGAACUCGAAGCCUUGGAUCUCUCCUUCAACCAACUUACAGGAGUGAUCCCACCACAACUGGCAAGUUUAACAUCUCUUGAAAAACUCAACUUGUCGCAAAAUUUACUCCGAGGGCCAAUACCCCAAGGCAAUCAGAUCCAGACAUUUGAUAAUGCUUCUUACAUUGGAAACCAAGAGUUGUGCGGGCCUCCUCUGUCCAAGAAGUGCAAUGGUGAUGACGGUGAUGGUAACGACCAUCAUGACGAUUCUGAACCCGAGUUCGAUGGAGCAUUAUUCGAUUGGGCAUUUGCAGGGGCAGGGUAUGGAUGCGGCCUGGUGAUUGGGAUAUCGGCUGCCUACAUUAUGUUCACAAUCAGGAAGCCAAGAUGGCUGGUGGAUAUGAUAGAUAAAUGGAUUCGUUGGCAACAACAGAAUAGGCGUUGGAGGCCGGCGAUAACCUUUUAA